AUGUCUUCAUCGGUAUUUUUCAAAUUUAAAUCUCAACAGGAGAUGUCGAGAGUUACUUUCGACGGGACCGGAAUAUCAGUUUUUGAGCUUAAGCGGCAAAUCAUAACCAUUCAUCGACUAGGUGAUGGAACAGAUUUUGAUUUGGCGAUUAAUCACCAAGAAACAGGUGAAGAAUAUGACGACGAUACUACUAUCAUCCCACGUUCUACACCUAUCAUUGCCCGUCGCCUGCCUCCGUCUAAACCCGGACGCGGAACUGCGCAGCGAUAUGUUAGUGGAAAGAUGCCCAUGAAUGCACUUCCUAAUGCAGGUCGUCGGGAAAAGAACUUUGGGAAUGGGCCUACUGCUGUGAAAAAAGCGGAGCCAGUCUCAAAUAAUGGUAGUAAUUUCCCUGGGCUGAGUAGUGGUGGAGGAACAGGUGAUUCUGAGGAAGAUAAAAUCGCUGCAAUGUUUCAGGCUUCGAGCGAGCAAUGGAAUAAAACCCAGGAGCAGAUGGCCAAUGCUACCCCAAUCCAUCGUGGAGGUGGAGGCCAGGGCGGCUUCAAGAAAAACAAUGCACCAGCUCCUGCUCACCCGCCACCCAAUGGAUACAUUUGUUAUCGUUGUGGCGAGAAAGGCCACUGGAUCCAGCAAUGUCCUACAAACGCUGAUCCAACUUUUGAUGGUCGUACCCGAAUCAAGCGUACGACCGGCAUCCCUCGCAGCUUUCUCAAAGCUGUUGAGAAGCCCCUUCCACCAUCCGCCGAUGAUGAAAGCACUACGCCUCAUGCUAACACUACCUCUGUCAUGGUGAAUGCUGAUGGAGAGUAUGUCGUUGCUCAGCCGGAUCAAGCGUCUUGGGAAUCCUAUCAGAAGAAAGCUGCAACGACUGCAAAGUCUUCCACUCCUGUUGGAAAUAAGGAACUACAGGACAGGGGGAUUGAAUGUCUAAUGUGCCAUAAACUUAUUCGUGGUGCUUCCAAGACUCCUUGCUGCGGAAAAGUGUAUUGCGAGGAAUGUAUUCAGACCGCUUUGUUGGAAUCGGAUUUUAUUUGUCCGAAUUGUGAGGCCAAGGAUAUUCUCUUGGACUCCUUGGUGGUUGAUAACGAAACAAGGAGUAAGGUCGAAGAGUAUUUGAAGGGAAAGGAGAUCAAGGAUAGGGAGAAAUCAAUGAGUCCUUCUGUAACCCCCGGGCUUACUGUAAAGGCCAGAGAUGGUCCGAAUUUGGCUACGAAUGGGAAAAGUCCGCUGUCUUCCACUGUUUCAUCUGUCAGUUCGUCAUCUACUUCUAGGAAAAGACCUGCCGAGGAUGAGCUUGGACCUCAGGUCCCUCGCGGGCCUGCCGCUAUGAGAAACCCUCCCCAAUAUCAACAGCCUCCUAUUCAACAACAACACCAGCCUAUCCCUAGUAGUGUGUAUGGUGGCAAUGGUCAGAUGUUUAAUGUGCCACAGCAAGGGCCGCAAGCGCAGCAACAGCCGUUUCACCAACAGUUUCCUCAACAGAACCAACAUCAGAAUACACCACCCCCGCAGCAACAGCAGCAACAUCAACAUCAUCAACAUCAACAUCAACACCAGCAGAUUCAGCACCAACAGCAAGCACCGCAGCAGCAACAGCAGCAGCAAUACCAUAAUGGGUAUAACCAGUAUCAGCCCGGUAUGAACGGCAUGGAUAAUAUGAACGGCGGGAUGCAUGGUAUGGACGGUACCUAUUACAAUGGUAAUAACAGUAAUCAAUAUUUGCCAAAUGCCCCGAACGGCAUGAUGGGCAUGAAUGGAAUGAACGGUAUGAACGGUAUGAACGGCGGGAUGGAUGGCAUGGGCGUUGGGAACAUGAGAAUGGGCAUGAACGGAAUGAAUGGCAUGGGAGGAGGAUACAUGAAUCCCGGCAUGAAUCAAGGAGGUAUGGGUAUGGGUAUGGGUCCCGCCAAGUUUGGAUACUUUCCAAACCAGCAGAAAACCGUAUUCAGCGAGCCGUUUCCAAGCGAGGAGGACAGCCCAUACAUGAGGAAACCAGUAAACCCGCACCGACACCAAAGGCCUAAAAGAAUCCGGCCAAGUGACUUCAAAGCAUUGGGUGAAUAG